GCCCCGGCCCGGCACAGGCGCGGCGCGUCCCGCAGCCCCAGCUGCUCCCACAGCGGACCGCGACGGACCACAGCGGACCCCCCGCGGGAUCCUGGUGAGGGACCGGCAUGCCCUUCCCGAGGGGCUUCUUCAAAGCCGAUGCUGCUACCAGCUUUCUGAGGGCAGCAAGAUCAGGCAACUUGGACAAAGCUUUGGAUCACCUGCGGAAUGGCGUAGACAUUAACACCUGUAACCAGAAUGGGCUGAACGGCUUGCACCUGGCCUCUAAAGAAGGCCAUGUGAAGAUGGUGGUUGAACUUCUGCACAAAGAAAUCAUUCUAGAAACGACAACCAAGAAAGGGAACACAGCUCUGCACAUCGCCGCCCUCGCCGGUCAGGAUGAGGUGGUCCGGGAGCUGGUCAACUAUGGCGCCAAUGUCAACGCCCAGUCACAGAAAGGCUUUACACCCCUGUACAUGGCAGCACAAGAGAAUCACUUGGAAGUGGUUAAGUUUUUACUGGAAAAUGGAGCUAAUCAGAAUGUAGCCACAGAAGACGGCUUCACUCCUCUAGCAGUGGCUCUGCAGCAGGGUCACGAGAACGUGGUGGCCCACCUCAUCAACUAUGGGACGAAAGGGAAGGUGCGCCUGCCCGCCCUGCACAUCGCGGCGCGCAACGACGAUACGCGGACAGCCGCAGUGCUGCUGCAGAAUGACCCCAACCCUGACGUGCUUUCCAAGACGGGAUUCACCCCCCUCCACAUCGCAGCUCACUACGAGAACCUCAAUGUGGCCCAGUUACUCCUCAACAGGGGUGCCAGUGUCAACUUCACGCCCCAGAACGGCAUCACGCCACUGCACAUCGCCUCCCGCAGGGGAAACGUGAUCAUGGUGCGGCUCCUGCUGGACCGCGGGGCCCAGAUAGAAACAAGGACCAAGGAUGAAUUGACACCUCUCCACUGUGCAGCUCGGAAUGGGCACGUGCGAAUCUCAGAGAUCCUGCUGGACCACGGGGCACCCAUCCAAGCCAAAACCAAGAAUGGCUUAUCCCCCAUUCACAUGGCGGCUCAGGGAGACCACCUUGACUGUGUCCGACUUCUAUUGCAAUACAACGCAGAGAUAGACGACAUCACCCUGGACCAUCUGACCCCACUCCACGUGGCAGCCCACUGUGGCCAUCACAGAGUAGCCAAGGUCCUUUUGGAUAAAGGAGCCAAACCGAAUUCCAGAGCCCUGAAUGGCUUUACCCCCUUACAUAUCGCCUGCAAGAAGAACCACAUCCGUGUCAUGGAGCUGCUACUGAAGACGGGGGCCUCCAUUGACGCUGUCACUGAGGAGCAGGAAAAGGCUCCUCUGUUCUCAUUCCUCUCUUGUGUGUUCCAGUCUGGUUUGACACCUCUCCACGUGGCCUCCUUCAUGGGGCACCUGCCCAUCGUGAAGAACCUCCUACAGCGGGGGGCAUCACCCAAUGUCUCCAAUGUGAAAGUGGAGACCCCGCUACAUAUGGCAGCCAGAGCAGGACACACGGAAGUGGCCAAAUAUUUGCUCCAGAACAAAGCCAAAGUCAAUGCCAAGGCCAAGGAUGACCAGACCCCGCUUCACUGUGCGGCUCGCAUCGGCCACAUGAACAUGGUGAAGCUCCUGCUAGAAAAUAAUGCCAGUCCUAACCUGGCCACCAUGGCCGGGCACACCCCCCUGCACAUUGCGGCCCGAGAGGGCCAUGUGGAGACGGCCCUGGCCCUUCUGGAAAAGGAAGCAUCCCAGGCAUGCAUGACCAAGAAAGGAUUUACCCCUCUCCACGUGGCGGCCAAGUAUGGCAAGGUCAGGGUGGCAGAGCUCCUGCUGGAAAGAGAUGCGCAUCCAAAUGCGGCUGGAAAAAAUGGCUUGACUCCCCUGCACGUGGCUGUCCAUCACAACCACCUGGACAUCGUCCGGCUGCUGCUUCCCCGGGGCAGCUCCCCGCACAGCCCUGCUUGGAAUGGCUACACCCCUUUGCACAUUGCUGCCAAGCAGAACCAGAUGGAGGUGGCCCGCAGUCUGCUGCAGUACGGGGGGUCAGCGAAUGCCGAGUCGGUGCAAGGUGUGACCCCCCUUCACCUGGCUGCCCAAGAGGGUCACGCAGAGAUGGUGGCUCUGUUACUUUCGAAACAAGCCAAUGGCAACCUGGGGAACAAGAGCGGACUCACCCCCCUCCAUCUGGUAGCACAAGAAGGCCACGUUCCAGUGGCAGACGUGCUCAUCAAACACGGUGUCACGGUGGACGCCACCACCCGGAUGGGUUAUACUCCACUCCACGUGGCCAGUCAUUAUGGAAAUAUCAAGGUGGUGAAGUUUCUGCUACAGCACCAAGCAGACGUCAAUGCCAAGACGAAGCAAGGAUACAGUCCCUUGCACCAGGCGGCCCAACAAGGACAUACAGACAUCGUGACACUGCUUCUCAAAAAUGGUGCUUCCCCAAACGAGGUCAGCUCGAAUGGAACCACACCGCUGGCAAUAGCCAAGCGCUUGGGCUACAUUUCGGUCACAGACGUGCUCAAGGUGGUCACGGAUGAACCCAGUUUUGUGUUAACCAGUGACAAGCACCGGCUGAGUUUCCCUGAGACGGUAGAUGAGAUCCUGGAUGUCUCUGAAGAUGAAGGGGAAGAACUCGACUCCAAGGCUGAGAGGCAGGAUUCCAGGGAUAUAGACGAAGAGAAGGAGCUGCUGGAUUUCGUGCCGAAGCUGGACCAAGUGGUGGAAUCUCCAGCCAUCCCGAGGAUCCCUUGUGUCACACCUGAGACAGUGGUGAUCAGAUCGGAAGAGCCGGAACAGGCAUCUAAGGAGUAUGACGAAGACUCACUCAUCCCCAGCAGCCCGGCCACAGAGACCUCAGACAACAUCAGCCCUGUGGCCAGCCCUGUCCACACAGGGUUUCUGGUGAGCUUCAUGGUGGAUGCCCGAGGAGGCUCCAUGAGGGGCAGUCGUCACAAUGGCCUGCGGGUGGUGAUCCCGCCCCGGACGUGCGCCGCACCUACUCGCAUCACCUGCCGCCUGGUCAAGCCCCAGAAGCUGAGCACGCCGCCCCCGCUGGCUGAGGAGGAGGGCCUGGCCAGCAGGAUCAUUGCGCUGGGACCCACGGGGGCCCAGUUCUUAAGCCCCGUGAUCGUGGAGAUCCCCCACUUUGCCUCCCAUGGCCGUGGGGACCGCGAGCUUGUGGUGCUGCGCAGUGAAAACGGCUCCGUGUGGAAGGAACAUAGGAACCGCCAUGGAGAGAGCUACCUGGAUCUGGACCAGAUCCUCAAUGGGAUGGACGAAGAGCUGGGGAGUCUGGAGGAGCUGGAGAAGAAGAGGGUCUGCCGCAUCAUCACCACCGACUUCCCCUUGUACUUCGUGAUCAUGUCACGGCUCUGCCAGGACUAUGACACCAUUGGCCCUGAAGGGGGCUUCCUGAAGAGCAAGCUGGUCCCACUGGUGCAGGCAACGUUCCCGGAAAACGCUGUUACCAAGAGAGUGAAGCUGGCUCUGCAGGCCCAGCCCGUACCAGAUGAGCUGGUCACCAAACUGCUGGGCAACCAGGCCACGUUCAGCCCCAUUGUCACCGUGGAGCCACGGCGCCGGAAGUUCUACCGCCCCAUCGGGCUUCGGAUCCCGCUCCCUCCUUCCUGGACGGACAACCCAAGGGACAGCGGCGAGGGGGACACCACCAGCCUUCGCCUGCUCUGCAGUGUCACUGGAGGAACAGACCAAGCCCAGUGGGAAGAUAUAACGGGGACAACCAAGCUCGUGUAUGCCAACGAGUGCGCUGCCUUCACCACCAACGUCUCUGCCAGGUUCUGGCUGUCCGACUGUCCUCGGACUGCCGAAGCUGUGAACUUCGCCUCCCUGCUGUACAAGGAGCUCACCGCCGUGCCCUACAUGGCCAAGUUUGUCAUUUUUGCCAAGAUGAAUGACCCCCGCGAAGGGCGUCUGCGCUGUUAUUGCAUGACAGAUGACAAAGUGGACAAGACCCUGGAGCAGCAUGAGAACUUCAUCGAGGUGGCUCGGAGCAGGGACAUAGAGGUUCUGGAAGGAAUGCCUCUUUUCGCAGAGCUCUUUGGGAACCUGGUACCCGUCAGAAAAGCUGCCCAGCAGCGGAGUUUCCAGUUCCAGUCAUUUCGGGAGAACCGCCUGGCCAUACCUGUGAAGGUGAGGGACAGCAGUCGAGAACCAGCAGGGUCCUUGUCAUUUCUGCGCAAGGCCAUGAAGUAUGAGGACGCCCAGCACAUUCUCUGCCACUUGAACAUCACCAUGCCCCCCUGCACCAAGGUGAGCGGUGCUGAUGAGAGGAGAAGGACUCUGACGCCGUUGGCCCUGAGAUACAGCAUUCUCAGCGAAUCCUCACUGGGUUCCCUCAGUGGGACAGACCGAGCAGAUAUGAAGAUGGCUAUUAUAUCAGAACACCUUGGCCUCAGCUGGGCGGAGUUGGCUCGGGAACUGCAGUUCAGUGUGGAAGACAUCAACAGGAUCCGCGUGGAAAACCCCAACUCCUUGUUGGAGCAGAGUGUAGCCUUGUUGAACCUCUGGGUCAUCCGUGAAGGCAAAAACGCAAACAUGGAGAAUCUGUACGCAGCCCUGCGGAACAUUGACCGAGGUGAGAUCGUGAACAUGCUGGAAGGCUCUGGCAGACAAAGCCGCAAUCUGAAACCUGAGCGACGGCACACGGACCGGGACUACUCUUCGUCGCCCUCCCAGAUGAAUGGUUACUCCUCGCUGCAGGACGAGCUGCUGUCCCCUGCCUCCCUGCACUACGCGCUUCCCUCUCCGCUGCGUGCAGACCAGUACUGGAACGAGGUGGCCGUCAUAGACGCCAUCCCUUUGGCGGCCACGGAGCAUGACGCCAUGCUGGAGAUGUCUGACAUGCAGGUGUGGUCCGCGGGCCUCACACCCUCUCUGGUCACUGCUGAGGACUCCUCUCUGGAGUGCAGCAAAGCUGAGGACUUGGAUACCACCGGCCACGAGUGGAAGCCGGAGGGGGUGCUCUCCGAGGGACCCCAGGGCCCCACGCUGGGCUCUCUGGACCUCGUGGAGGACGACACAGUGGAUUCAGAUGCCAUAAAUGGCCUUAUCGAUUUGCUUGACCAGGAAGAAGGUCAGAGGUCAGAAGAGAAGCUGCCAGGUCAUGAGAGGCAGGAGGACUCCACAGGUGCAGGGCAGGACUCAGAGAUUGAAGUGUCUCUUGUUUCAGGCCAGCAGAGGGCGCAAGCCCGCAUCACAGAGUCCCCCAGCGGGAGUCGGGCGGUGGAGCUGCGCCAGGACAGACUGCAGGACUGGGAUGAGGAAGGCUCCAUUGUCUCGUACCUGCAAGAUGCUGCCCAAGGUUCCUGGCCAGAGGAGGUCACCCAAGGCCCACACUCCUUCCGGAGUACGGUCACCACCAUCCAAGAGCUGGAGCCCAGUGGGUCUCAGGAGUACGAGAAGGUCCUGGUGUCUGCAACUGAGCACGUUCGGGAAGAGCCGUCAGAAGCUGAGAGCAGGGAACGGAGACGACAAAGCCACCAAGCGUGGGUGCAGGAGGCUCAGAGCACUUUCUCCCAGAUGGCAGAGGGGAGUGAGUUUCAGAAUAUUCCAGGGGAGCAGGUGACAGAGGAACAAUUCACAGAUGAGCAGGGCAACAUUGUCACCAAGAAGAUCAUUCGCAAAGUCGUUCGGCAGAUAGACUCGUCCGGUGCCGAUGACGCCCAGGAGCAUGAGGAGGUGAUUGCUGAGGGGCCCCUGGAGGAUCCCAGUGAGAUGGAAGCUGAUGUUGAUUCCUUUAUGAGACACGCGCAGGAUCACACCUCGACACCCAACCCUUGAACUCCACACACUCUGCCAUGCACACGGGAGGAGAGCUGGAGCAGAGGGCUACGGAAUGGUGCACCUGUUCCUCUAGGCUAACGGCAUGAUCUCUGUAAGGGACUUCCUUUGGUCUCCUAUUCGCAUGAACGACCGACUGUAGACGCAUGACCUACAGUCCUCAAUCCUGCCUCUAGCGACCACGGAUCUCUGUCUCUGUCGGGAAUCAGGACAAACGCCUCCAGAAGGGGGGUGGGGAGAGAGAGAGGGGGAUAGAAAACCAGCGCGAGAGCGCGGAACGCGAAAGUGAACAAGGGCUUUUUUGUGUUUGGGGAUGGUAUCUUUUGUAAAAUCAUUUUAAUUUUGACUUGUUACAGGGUACUUUUUUUUCAACCUCAUCUGUAGGAAAUCCAUGUGGGCUUCCUGGAAAGAAAAAAAAAAAAGAAAGAAAGAAAACUAGGCACCAAAUCAGUUCGGCACCUUAAUGCCAUGUUCUCAUCUGCCAGUCUUCCCUACCGACACCCGCCUCCACUCCAUUCGAGCCAUCCCAUCCCACUCCCCAGGGGGCCGCUCCUCCCAGAAUGUUCUACAUGACAUUCAGGACACGCGCAUAGGCGCACACACGUGCGCACACACACACACACACACACACACACACAAGCAGCUCUCCCCUCUCAGUAUACACACAGAUUUUACUGUGAUGUCCAAAGCUGUAGAGAAUCUCCUGUGGACAAACUGGAAUUUUUUUAUGUUCUCUCUCUCUCUCUCUGCCAGUUUCAGUAUUAAUCAUCUUCCAAUGGAAAAUCAUUACCUUGAGAGUGCAUUCGGGGUUCCUUGUGUUAGGGACUUAAGAAUCUGAGGCGAGGACACCCCCCAGGCUCAGCUGUAGGCCUCAAAGGGAGCCAGUACCCCCUCUGAAAAGGUGUUCUCUCUCAGCGGGGGGCGGGCCGGUGGCUGUCCCAGGAUUGCACCAGCGUGUUCAAUAGAGAAGAGGUUUCCUAUAUCUUCAAGCACUUAUAUCAUAGUCUGUGUUCAAAGUGUAAACUGUACAGUAAUCAGCCUUGUGUAUAUGAAAAACAAUAAAUACUAUGCAAACCAAUAGAAACACUUUAGCAGUAUGUACAAAGCACUAAGAGCUCAGCUCCUGAGGACUUCUCCAGGCUGCAGGAGAAGGAGCUACAGCCUGUCUUUCAGUGAAAGAGGAAGGAAGGGAGUAGGGCUAGUGAAUGUUAUCUGCCAGUUCUUAGAAGUCAGCCACCCCCCCCCCAAAAGGUCUCCCAGGGCCAACUUGGUGCUCUAAGUCCAGGCAGCCCACAGGAUGGGGGGCCUAGGCCGGACAGCCUCAGUGCCCCCACUCUGACCAAGCCCCUCUGCCCCACUGGGAGAGGCGGGCGAGGGGCCCACUCCUGACCACAGGCGCAGGGGGAAGAGAGCCGGAGGAGGAGAGCGCAGCCGGCCCCCGGGAGGCCCCGGGCUCGGAAGGAGCGCCUCCUGGGCCAGGCCCUCGGGCAGAGCAGGAAGGAGACCGACAGCGGGCUGUUCCUCGCCUCGGUACCACCAGGGAAGAGCCUUAAGGCGACACUGGAGCCUCCCGCGGAGCGAGGCCCGAAUCAGCACAAUCUGCCCCGCCCGGUCCCGGCGGGCGCCCUCUAGGGCCGGGAGAGAGACUGGCAGGCUCUUCUCGCUCGCGAGGGUCUUUGUUUGCGGACGUCCUGUCACCUUCCUCCCUGCCGCUCCUCUGAGGCGGCCUCAGACACAUCCGACCUUCCAAGUAGCACAGAGGCUCCCUCACGACCGAGCCCCCGCGGCCCUGGUGCCCGUCACCAGCGCACACGUCUCCCGGCGGAGGCCGCAGUCCCCACGAGCCCGGGGCCGGCCGAGGCGCUCCGCUCCCACCGCUCCCACCGCUCCGACCGGGCGGCGGG